CCGAAAUGAAUAAAUGAAUACGAAUAUGGCCCUUAUUUAUCUCAGUUGGGACUCAGACGGGAUCUGCAAGAUGAUUGUGGCGGUGCAGGCAUCUUUCAGAUGCCGUCUGAGGGCCUUUUGCAAGCAUUUUGGUGGGCGCGUAGGUCAAAGAGCGGAUUUGACCCCUACGGUGCACCAAACCCCACCAAAAUUUACGACCAGAGUCUCUCCAAAAGUUCAACUACGCGUGCCCUUCGAAACCGCCGAUGCUAAUCAUUUAUUAUAGGCUUAUUUUGAUAUAUUUUUUAAUAUACUAUAAAAGAGCGG